UAGGUCGAUAUAUAUGCAACAGCUCGCCAAGCUGGAAAAUAACAAUAAAAUGUUAACGUGAUUAUAUUAAUUUGUGUCUUUAGCAUCAACAAUUGGGCAACUCAAUUAAAGCCACGACUGUAAAGGUUAAAGGUACCAACAAAAGCAGCCCGGCGAGCAGCAGAAGCAGCAUAAAGAGGAAGAAAAAAGUGCAUAAAAAAGUGCAUCUGCAUUAUAAUGGAUGCCGACAGCAGUGGAGCGUCCCACCGAGAUUCCCAUGGAUCAAGGACCCGAAGAGACCGGCAUGUACGAGACACUGGAAGAGAACGCGACCGCGUGCGCGAGCAGGAGGCGGUGCCCUACUUUGCUGAUCCGGUGCGUGAGCGGGAUCGUGUGAAGAAUCUGCGUCAGAAAUCCCCGCGUCCGACUGCUAAGCGGGUGCGACGCACCAGGUCGCGAUCGAACUCCUCUGAGCGAAGGCGCCACCAUCGCCGUCGCUCUCGUAGUCGAAGUGGCGAGCAUCGACGCCGGACCCGGAGUCCGCGUCGACGCACGCCACCGCCGCGGAUAAUAACAGUUCCUGUGCCAGUGCCAGCACAUGAGUUCGCAUAUGGAUACGGCUGGCCGGCACCCCAUCCAGCGCAUCAGUUUAAUGGGAUUUAUGGUCCAAUGGCAUAUCCACCGCGUCCACGAUUUGGAUACAGACCAAUGCGACCUGCGUUCCGGGCACCCCCAUAUUCCAGGCCUUAUGGACACCAGCCAUACCGUUCUCGUCAUCCAUUCAAUCCGCAAUCUCGUUUUAGUUAUAGAAACUCGUGGCAACAUCCAAAUUAAAGACACAUUAAAGACACCCUUCGAGACUUUCGACAUAA